AUGGCCUUAAGUAAAGAAGAGAAAAAAGCUAAGAAAGAAGCCAAGAAAUUACAGAAAUUACGAGCCGAGGCCGAAGCAAGAAGAAAAAUAAAACACGAUGAACUUAAACGUGAAAUGGCUGCACAAGCACGGAGGCGUGGUGAAUUGGACAAGAAAUGGCGUGAGAUAAUGCUUAAGAUAAAAGAACCAAUCUUCAGGCAAGAUAUUGAGGUAAUGUUGCAUACUUUUGAGAGAACAUAUGAUAAGAAAAAUCAUCUUAUAAAGCAUAUUAUGAGUCUAAUUGACGUAGCUAAUGAUCAGUAUCAGCGAACAGUAUCAAGCUUUUGCGAUACGAUAGAUACAAUGAUUAUAAAUUUUUUAUCUGGUAUUGAAAAAAUAUCCAAGGAGAAUGACGAAAGAACAGCUGAGUUACUAAAAAUGGGUGAAAAUGAUGCGGCACGGAUUAGAACAGAUCACGAUGCUGCCGAAACACAUUUGCAAUUAUUAAUUUACCAUGGACAUACUACAGCUGAUUCUUUAGUUUGGACUACACGAGGAGAAAAUUUAGUAAGAGAAGACGAGGAACGAAAUAAAUACACAAGUGAACGUGUAAACCUUCGUUCACUUCUUGAAAACUCAUAUAAUUCUAUGUGGGAGGAUUAUAAAGCUGUUCUUAAAGCAUACGUUGUUAAUACUGCCGCCAAUCAAAAAGAGGUGCGUAAAUUGCGCCGUAAAGAAAAUUUAAUGGCAGACAUUAUUGCUUCUCAAGCAAAGAAAAUUGCAGAUAACGAUGGGUUACUAAAAAGGCUUCAUUCAGAACUAGUAGCAUAUGAAUCAGGCUCAAAACAAGCAGUUUUUCGAGAUCGUCGUGAUAGACAUCGAGCAGCUUGUUUUCGGUUAAAAAAGACUUUAAUGGACGGAUGUGAAAAGGAUACAAAGCAAAUGGCUGACUUAGUACGAGCAUCAGAUAGUGCAAUAGAAUGGCUAGAAAAUGCCCACAAAAAAGGAGAGAAAAUUCUGCGUAUGGCUGCACUAUGUCGCAAAUAUGAGACACAACGCGAAAAAGUAUUACCUUUCGGGUUAACCUUACCGCAUUCUCCUACACAUUCGAAGACAAACCUACGUAAACUACAAUCAGACGACUCCUUGGUUUUAAAAGCGAUAUCAACAACAUGCGGUUUAACGAGGCUUUGGCAACGAAUUGCACAUGCCGACUUAACACGUAAAGCCCUAGCACGAGAAAAAAUGUUAUUAGAAGAAGAAAACGCAAUUCUAAUGGAUCAAAUACAAGAGCGUAGUGAAAAUAAGUUUGAACCUAAAACAACGCAAUGUAUAUGUAACAAACCUGAGAGACAAUAUACUGUUUCAAAACCAGUACCGGUUGAUGGUGUGUUGGAAAUGUCUAAGUAUGGCAUCCAUUAG